UAUCAGAGAGCGGAGCCAAGAUGGCGUCUUUAAAUACAAACAUACCGCUGCUUAUUUGUUUAUUAUCAUUUUCAAUGCAAAUUAGCUCUUCAAAGCUUUUAUCCGAGCCGUGUUACAAGCCAAUCAGAGACGGCAGGCCAAAUUCUGUCAGAACACAACCCCGCCCACAUGAGUAUGUGAAGGUGUCGGACCUUCCUCCGUCCUGGGACUGGAGGAACAUCCAGGGGAAGAACUAUGUGAGCGUCACACGGAACCAGCACAUCCCCCAGUACUGCGGGUCCUGCUGGGCCAUGGGAGCCACCAGUGCAAUAGCUGAUCGUAUUAAUAUCAAGCGUGGAGGAGUGUGGCCUUCUGCUUACCUGUCAGUCCAGAACGUCAUAGACUGUGGGAAGGCGGGCUCUUGUUACGGAGGAGAUCACCUGGGAGUCUACGCCUACGCACACCAGAAAGGCAUUCCUGAUGAAACCUGCAACAACUACCAAGCUAAAAACCAAAAGUGUGAGCAGUUUAACCAGUGUGGCACAUGCUCCUUCUUUAAGUCAUGUGCUAUCGUUCAGAACUACACCGUGUGGAAAGUGGGCGACUACGGAGACGUUUCUGGAAGAGACAAGAUGAAGGCUGAGCUUUACACCAACGGGCCCAUCAGUUGUGCUCUCAUGGCCACAGACGGACUUGAGAAAUACUCUGGAGGGAUCUUCAGAGAGUUUCACCCGCUGUCUCUGCCAAAUCACAUCGUGUCUGUGGCUGGGUGGGGUGUGACCGAGGACGGGACCGAGUAUUGGGUCGUCAGGAACUCCUGGGGAGAGUUUUGGGGAGAGCAUGGCUGGGCAAGAAUAGUCACCAGUGCGUAUAAAGGAGGAAAAGGACACUGGUUCAACCUGGGUAUUGAGAACAACUGUGCAUAUGGAGACCCCAUUGUGACAUAGAUGCCAAAAUUAACUGACGGAAAGACUCCGUUUUUGUCAUUGCUGUUUUUAAAUUACUGUUUAUAAUUUAACAUUUUCUGAUAAUCAAAGGAAAAGUUUAAUUUUUUAGCUGUUUGUUAGUUGUUUGAACAUUAUAGUAAAAAACAAUUCACUGUUUUCUCUCGGCUGAUCAAGAAUGCGUAUACAAACACCAUGCCACUGACAUCUUGAGUAAUAACACAGGUGCAUAUCCAAGACAGUAAAAUAUACAUACAUAUAAUAUAUAUACAGCACUUAUUAUACAGGUGCUAUAUAAAUACACUUUCAUGUUCUAUGAGUUGAGUAUGUCAGAUUUUCCGAGCAUGAAAACAUUUACUUUUUUUAAUUUUCCACAUGAACUCCCUAAGAGAUAUCAUUCUCGCAUUAAAUAAUAAAGUACUGGUUAAGUCCAAGUAAUAAUUUGGCAAAAUAAACUUGAGAUCAUUAACUCUAACCCUCAGACAGAGCGAGGUUAUCUGGUAGUUUCCAAUCUUUAUGCUAGGCUAAGCUUACCAGCUUCUGGCUCUAGCUACUGUAUAUAUUCAGAGUAAAGACAUGAGAGCUGCAUUGAUCCAAAAGUCAAACUGUUCCUUUAAAUUACAGGUUUAUCACAUUAGUAGGAAUUGAACAGAUACAAAGUUAAACCUUUUGUGACAGAGUAGUUUAUGUCAUGUUAGAAAACUAAAGCCAUUUUAGAGUUAUCCUUUCAAAUCUGAAGUUUCAUAAAUAUUCUAACACAGAAUCAGAAGAGUAUUUCUAACGCCGUGCCGAACAGGAAAAGAACUACAUGGACGGAUGAAUGUGUUCAAUUUUCAGCUCAGAAUAACUCCUCAGUCUGCAAAAAACUGCAGCCUCUUCACUUCAGAGCCAUUAUCACACAUUUCUAAGAAGACUAUUUAUACCUUUAAACGACAGGUGAGCUGAGUCACUCACUUUAAAUUCACCUGUGGAGAGACAGCUUUGGCAGGACUGGGGAAAAGAGAGGCUCACACUCUGUUACAUUUUGACUUGACACUCUGUACAAAAUCCCCUCAAACAGUUUCUAAUGAGGGUGGGGGGCUGCAAGACUAAUUCAACACAGAGUUAAGGGAGAACGAUUACAUACUGCACUUCGCUGACAUCACCUCCCUGUAACUCGAGCGAGGCGUUCUUUUGUCUUAAAAUUCAAAACCUCCUCAUAUGGAAAUGUCUCCUUUCUCUGCUUCUCAUUUGUUAAGUUAAUGGCUGCCUGAAUCACAUCUCUCUUGAAGCUCUGAGUGUGUGUUUGUAUCACAAGCAGUUAAAGUGUGUAAAUCUUACAACUUGAAGGAAACAUUUUCUUCAUGGAUUAACUUGUAACAUUUUUCUUUCUAGUCUUAAACCAUCUGAAGGUAUUCUAUGUCUCAUAAAAGCAAACAUUAAAAAAUAUAUAUUAGAACUCAGUCUUUAAGCUCCA